AUGAUACAAAAGAAUGGAUACAAAUGCAGAAAGAUAAGUCCUGCGCUCACUCUCAUCACUCCUAUGUCUUUUUAGUCUGUUUUUAAUUUAAAGGGACAGUCUAAGCACCAUAACCACUAAUGCUUAGUGAAUUAAGGUGCAAAUAGUCUUUGGAAUAUCUCACUCCCAUAGCUCUCAGCCUAUCAUUUCAAACCGUAUUUGAAUAAGCCAAUGCAAAAGUUCAUUUCUGCAUUAGGCAAGCCACAGCAGAGGUACAGAGGUACUGUUUUUAGGUGCAUGGGAGAGAUGCAUUUUUGUUUUGCAGUUUGAGAAGAAGUGCGGUAUAAUGCUCCCAGAAAUGGUCUACAGCAGAUAGUUUUGGCACUCCAGAUGUUGUGGACUGUGUGGUUCAUAAUGAUCUUACAGUCGUCAUGCUGACAAACCAUCAGAGAUGUAGUCCUCAGCAUCUGGAGUGCAAAUUGCCUAUCCCUGCUGUACACCAUAACCACUAAAGUGAACAUUGUCAGAGCUUGUUCUCAAAUCCGUUAAAAGCCAAGCUAAAAAUACAACUGAAACAAUGACAGAUACAAAGAGGGCUGCCUUUUAUGUCAUGUGCAUUUCAUGAAUAGAAUGAAUAAACGACUGGUUCCAUGUUUUGUUUUUUUUCUUUCCACAAGGAGAAUUCCUCUGAUCUCAGGAGCACUUACUGCAGAGUAGAGAUUGCUUGACAAACUGUAUGACACCUGGUAAGCUCUGCCAUCUCUCGAGAUUAGUGUUGGGAUAAAGAAAGCCAUUAAGUGACUACAGGUAGAAAACUAGAAGCCAGAGGUUAAUGUUUCACAGCUCCGCAAUGGAUUACCAGCUGAUCAGACAGGAUCAGUGUGAGUUUGAGGAAGUGGCCGUUUACUUCUCCGAGGAGGAGUGGGACUAUUUAAAUUAUGAAGAGAAGGAGCUUUACCGGGAUGUGAUGAUGGAGAAUUACCAGACCCUCCGCUCUCUGGGAUGGAUCAGCAAAGUGCCUCAAAUUAUAUCUGUGAUAGAGCGAGGAGAAGAUCCCUCUGUAAAGGGUCACCAAUGGAUUAAGGCGACACAGAGUCCUACAAACAGUGAAACAGAUGGCAUGGUGUACAAACUUUGUUCUAAGAAACUUUGCCCAAAGGGAAAUCCACUGAUCAGGAGUGCGAGGAAAUCCCUUAUAAUAAAGACUGCUGACUCAACCUCCCAGGAACAUGGAACUCCUUCUGAAUCUUGUGGGACUACACCUCAGAUACUAAGCAAAGGCAAUAGAGAUUUUUCAUGUUGUGAAUGUGGGAAAACCUUUCCCUUUCAAUCCUCUUUUGUUAAACAUCAGAAAAUUCACACAAGACAGAAAUUGUUCUCGUGUUCUGAGUGUGAGAAAUGUUUUAGCUGGCAUGCACAUCUUGUUAGACAUCAGAGAACUCACACAGGAGAGAAACCAUUCUCAUGUUCUGAAUGUGGGAAAUGUUUUAGCCGAGAAACCCAUCUUGUCAGACAUCAGAGAACUCACACAGGACUGAAACCUUUCUUAUGCUCUGAAUGUGGGAAAUGUUUCAGACAGCAUUCAAAUCUUGUAACACAUCAGAGAACUCAUACAGGACAGAAACCAUUCUCAUGUUCGCAGUGUGGCAAAUGUUUUAGCCAGCACUCUCAUCUUGUUAGACAUGAGAAAACUCACACAGGAGAGAAACCGUUCUUUUGUCCUGAAUGUGGAAAAUGUUUUGUCAGUAAAUCAUAUCUUGAUAUACAUCAAAAAACUCAUACAGGACAGAAACCGUUCUUUUGUUCUGAGUGUGGGAAAUGUUUUGGUCGGCUCUCAAAUCUUGCCAUACAUCAGAGAAGUCACACAGGAGAGAAGCCCUUCUCAUGUUCUGAAUGUGGGAAAUGUUUUACCCGGCGCUCACAUCUUGUUAAACAUCAAAGAACUCACACAGGACAGAAACAUUGGUAAUAUUCUGACUGUGAAAAAUGUCAGCAAUUUCUAUACUUUUCCUAAUACCAAUAUGUGUUAGAAGGUACUCCUCAUACAUUGAAACGCCUGAGAAUAUAAAAUGUUUUUAGUAUGAAUAUGGAAAGUGUUUCGAUAGGUACAUAAAAAUGUUGUCAUGCUUUCAAGGCUUGUCACUAUGGGAUAGAAUGUUUCCAUCAAUUCUCUUUAACCAUCUCCAUGCUUCUAUUUAUUUAUUUAUUUAUUUUACUUAAAAGUACUGACACUUGCACACCCUCCAUGCCUCACAACGGAUUAUAUCGAACAUAAGACAAACACAGGAAUGCUCAAGUAUGGCCAUUAAAUACAUACUCUUUGUUUAUGAUAUCUACUGAUAUAAAAUUAAGUGGGAAAACUAGUCCAGACAAAUAAUAAAAAUAUGUUGGCAUAUCUAACAGAAAAGCGAGUGAAAGCAUACUGAAAUGUUUAGUUUCCCCCCUUCAUUCUACCGAAACUGCUCUGACUUAACUAAUGACCUUAUUGAGGCUAAAUCCACUGGCCACUACUCUGUUCUAUUUCUUGUAGACCUCUUUGCUGCCUUUGACACUGUUGAACAUGCUCUACUUCUCCAAACACUUCUCAUUUUAUGGUUCUCAUUCUAUUCUUCGCAUUGAAGAAACAACAAGCAAAAUUGGUUUGGUGUGCUGCACAAAAGCAUGUAAAAUCACGAUUAAAUAAAUGGUUUACAUUCACUG